UAAGCGAAAACCGGUAGAUAUAUAAAUAUUUUUUUCCUCAAUGACAUUUCAACUCCCUUUGUUUGACAGGGAGACUUUUUACUCCCCCAACCCCCCAUUUCCGCUUGUCGGAGCGGAAGUUGCUCUGUAAGCCGAGGCCUCGCACUUCCAAUGGCGACUGAAAACUGGCUUAACGGAAAGCGGGAGCGAACUCGAAGGGGACCCGAACCGUGCAGUCAGAAUUAAAUAAAUAAUAUCCGCCGCGAACAGGACAUUAAAAUAAGUUUGAGGAGUAGCACGUCGGCUAAGUUAUGGCUGACACAAUGGACAAUAAAGGGAGUAUUUCGAUUCUUGAAUCGGAGCUUUAUUAUCUAAUUUCACGUUUUCUAACCACCGGUCCGUGUCAGAGAGCGGCCGAGAUUCUCGUGAGUGAACUGGAGGAACAUCAGCUCCUUCCCCGCAGAGUGGACUGGCAAGGAAAUGAACAUCCAAGAUCGUAUGAAGACGUGGUCGCCGCCAACAAACAUAUUGCACCAGACCACUUGCUGCAGAUAUGUAAGCAGAUCGGUCCGAUCCUCGAUAAGCAGGUGCCCUCAGGUUUGCCUGGGGUGCGUUCUUUACUUGGAACAGGGAGACACUCCUUACUUCGUACAGCUAAAGAUUGUGGCCAUAGCCGAUGGAAAAGCUCGACUUUUGCUGCACUGCAUCGAGGGAGACCACCGGAGAGGCCUUUGAGCUGCAGGGAUGCCCCAAAUCUGGUGGAAGUAUGCAGAGGCAGGGAGUUGACAGGCACUCAGCGGUUCAGUUUUGUCCAUCCUGUCAGUGUAUAUCAGAGCAUCAAAAUGCACAGGAGGAUUCUAGGACAUCUCUCGGCCGUUUACUGCAUUGCCUUCGACCGGACAGGAUCCAGGAUUUUCACGGGUUCAGAUGAUGCCUUGGUCAAAAUUUGGUCCUCUUUUGAUGGGAGGCUCCACUCCACUUUGCGAGGACACCACGCUGAGAUCUCAGACCUCGCUGUCAACUUGGAGAACACGCUCAUUGCAGCGGGAAGCUGCGACAAAACCAUACGAGCCUGGUGCCUUCGUACCUGUGCCCCGGUGGCGGUGCUACAAGGUCACAGCGGAUCAAUUACCUCUUUACAGUUUUCUCCAUUUGCCAAGGGCCCCAAAAGGUUCAUGGUCUCUACAGGAACUGAUGCAACUGUCUGCUUCUGGCAGUGGGAUGUAAAUAACACCAGUUUCAACGAUCGUCCCGUGAAGUUCACAGAAAGAUCGAGACCCGGUGUUCAGAUGGUGUGUUCCUCAUUCAGCCCAGGAGGCAUGUUCCUAGCCACAGGAAGCACGGAUGACGUAAUCAGGAUAUACUACUUGGGCAGUGGGACCCCGGAAAGAAUAGCAGAGCUCACGUCCCACACGGACAAAGUCGACAGCAUUCAGUUCUGCCAUACAGGAGAAAGGUUUGUAAGUGGCAGUCGUGAUGGCACCGCCCGCAUCUGGAGGCUGCAUCAGAAACAACAAUGGAGAAGUGUUUUGCUGGAAAUGUCUGCUACUUUACCAGGAACUGUGCCUGCGGAAGAGGAGAGCUUCUUCAAGCCGAAGGUCACCAUGGUGUCAUGGGAUCGUCAUGAUAACACCGUUAUUACCGCCGUCAACAAUCAUCUCCUCAAAGUGUGGAAUUCUUACACAGGGCAGCUGUUACAUGUGUUAAAGGGUCAUGAGGCAGAGGUGUUUGUGCUCGAGCCACACCCGUAUGAUCCCCGUGUCAUGCUGUCUGCAGGUCAUGAUGGCAACAUUUUCAUAUGGGACCUUAUACGAGGCACAAAGAUUCAUCACUACUUUAACAUGAUUGAAGGGCAAGGCCACGGUGCUGUUUUUGACUGCAAGUUCACCCCUGAUGGUCAUCGCUUCGCCUGUACAGACUCUCAUGGUCACCUGGUGAUUUUUGGAUUCGGGAACUCCAAGCCUUAUGAAAAGCUUCCUGAUCAGGUGUUUUUUCACACUGACUAUCGUCCGUUGAUCCGGGACUCCAACGGGUUCGUGUUGGAUGAGCAGACCCAACAGGCGCCUCAUCUUAUGCCCCCACCUUUCCUCGUGGAUGUCGACGGGAAUCCUCAUCCUCCUAGAUAUCAGAGACUUGUACCAGGGAGGGAGAACUUCACAGAUGAACACUUGGUUCCUCAGCUUGGAUAUGUUGCUACAAGUGACGGCGAGGUCGUGGAACAGGUGAUCAGCCAGCAGCCAGCUGAGAGCGAGGAUCCUCAGGCACGCCGUAGUGUCUUGGAUGAUGCCAUCCGUCAGCUCCAGGAACAACAGGACCAGCAGGCCACGAGGCAGCAGGGUACACCCAGAAGAGUGUCUCUAAAUGAGCGGAUGGAGGUGCAGUCUCCACCCAACGUGGGCCUUCGGCGCAGCGGACAAGUGGAGGGAGUGCGUCAGAUGCAUCAAAACGCCCCACGCAGCCAGAUGGCAACAGAGAGGGACCUGCAGGCGUGGCGGCGCAGAGUGGUAGUGCCUGAUCUCACCACCAGUGCAUAUAGGGAUCAGGAGUCUUACAGAAUUGUUAAGGGAGAGGAAGAGAUCACCCUCUACAAUGCCAAGAAACGCAGAAUUGCACAGAGCACCUUUAGGGACGACUCUGAUGAUGAGACACCGUGCACUAAGCGCGCACAGCCACGUAAGCGACAUCGCAAUUUGGAGAACGCAAACAGUCUGAUUGAGUUUUCUUGUGAGGAGGGAGAGGACACUGCGUCAUCUGAGGAUAAUGAAAUUGAAGCAAGUGAGGAAGACUCAUCAGUUGAAGAGGAGGAGGAGUGGAGAAGUGACAGCUCAAGUCAUUCGUCAAGCGAGUGUUCUGAUUGGACAGCUGAUGCUGGCAUCAACGCACAAGCAGCCAUGUUCUCCCGAAGACGUGCUCGCAGGCAGAUUAGCAGCUCUGAUGAAGAAGAGGAGGAGGACGAGGAAGACAACACUGCAGAGGAUGAGCAAACUGAACAAACGCAAGAUGAAGAGGCACAGUCCUCAUCACCUCAGAAAUCGAAAAGAAAAGCAAAAAGCAAAACGCCAAAGAGUCCAAAACCCCGGCCCUCCCUGAACAGAGAGGUGUCCAACGAGUUUCGUCCCUCUUCCUGGAUUACUGAUGUCAUCCCUCGAAAGUCUCCUUUUGUACCACAAAUGGGAGACGAGGUGAUCUACUUCCGUCAGGGGCACGAGGCCUAUGUGGAUGCAGUGUGCAGGAAUAAUUUGUAUCCGAUCAACUUGGACAAACAGCCCUGGAAGAAGAUGGAUCUAAGAGACCAAGAGUUUGUUAAAAUAACUGGGAUCAAGUACGAGGUGUGUCCUCCGACACUUUGUUGCUUGAAACUGACACAGAUUGACCCUGGAACAGGCAAAAUAACGAACAAGUCAUUUUUUGUAAAGUAUCAUGACAUGCCCUAUGUAAUUGACUUCCUUGUGCUCCGUCAGAACUAUGACGAAGCGCGCAGCAGGAUCUGGAAGCCAAAUGAUCAUUUCCGGUCAGUAAUAGAUGACGCGUGGUGGUUUGGGACCAUAGUCUGUCAGGAGCCGUAUCAGCCUGAGUAUCCUGACAGCCACUUCCAAUGCAUUAAAGUCAAGUGGGACAAUGGAGAAAUUGAAAAGCUUAGUCCGUGGGACAUUGAGGCUAUUCCAGAGAAUGCUCAGCGUCCAGAAGCGGUGGGUGAAAGUGUGCCAGUCACAGAUGAAGAAAGAGCCGACAUCUUGUACAAACCACAGGAGGACGAGUGGGGAGGGAGAAGCCGAGAAGACGAGUGCGCACGCAUCAUUGCCGGGAUCGACCAGCUCAUCACAGUAGAUAUCGCUGCACCCUUCUCUGGCCCAGUGGACCUCAUUCAAUAUCCCACAUACUGUACUGUAAUCGCCUACCCUACUGACCUCAACUCCAUCCGCACGAGGCUGAAACACAACUUUUACAGGAGACUAUCUGCACUAAUUUGGGAAACGAGGUAUAUUUAUUACAAUGCAAGGACUUUCAACGAACCACGUAGCAAGAUUGCACAAUCAGCAAAAUUAAUUACAGACGUCCUUUUAAAGUUCAUUAGUAAGCUUCAUUGUACAGAUAUUAUGGAGAUUUACAAUGCGGUCGAGAACAUGGAGUACACUGAGGAUGAGGAUAUGCAGGACGAUGAUGCACUAGACACGUCUACUGGACGAAGGGCACAUCAGCAGAUGGAGCUGGUUCAGGACAGGAACACAUGGAAGGAUGCAUGCAGACACCUGCUGAAUUAUAUGUUUGAGUGUAAGAAUUGUGAGCUUUUCCGCCAGCCUUUGGAUCAGAAUGAGUAUCAGGUCUAUUCAGAAAUCAUCGACACUCCCAUGGAUCUGGAGACCGUACGGCGAAACCUAGAAGAAGACCGCUAUGAAAAACCCAUGGAACUAUGCAACGACAUCAGGCUUAUUUUUGCUAAUGUUAAAGCCUUCACACCAAACAAACGUUCAAAGAUUUACAGUAUGACUCUGCAGCUGUCUGCGUUCUUUGAGGAACGAAUUCAGAAAAUCAUAUCUGACUACAAGACUGCAGUUAAAACCAGUUUGAAGCUGAGACAUCAGAGGUUUCGUCCUCCUUCUCCCAGGGGUGAAUCCACUAGCCAAAAAAGGACUGCUGUUAAAACUCAGGAACAAGUGGAACCACCUACAACCAAAUCUACCUUGGCUAAGGCCUCUCCAGCGGAUCGCCAUCGCAAUAAGAAGCGAAGGCGGCUCAGUUCUACCGACUCAUCAAUGGAGGACUCCAAUAAGAGUGCGUCAUCUCUGUCAGAAUCUGAAAAUGAUGGUGAAGUCUCCUUGAGUGAAUCGAAGGAAGAGGAAUUCCCAUCAACUUUUCAGCCGUACAGACGUGAAACAAGAGCGACACAGAACAGAGAGAGAGCCAUGCAGAACAGAAAGGAGGGGAGAAAGAAUGUCACUGGAAAAGGAAGUGAGAUUAACCAUGGGAAUUUAACUGGGAAUGAUGAUGACGACGAUGAUGAUGAUGACGACGAUGAUUUUUUUGGAAAGUCCAGCUCAUUAAAACGAAUGCAGUCGAGGAGAGCCAAAAGCAGGAACACCUGCUGUGACAGAGUCACUCGGAGCGCUGAGAAAAGAAAGCCAGAUGAUUCUCCACAUGUCUCUGAUGAGGAAACUGAGACUCCAAAGACUGAGAAACACCCUCAUCAAAAUGGAAGAAACAUAGACACAAAGGACCUUAAUAACUCUGAGAAAAUUAAUCAUAUGACGUCAAAAAGCCAAGAACUAGAGUCUGUCUCAAAAGCUCCUAUAGCUUCUAAGUCUCAAGAUGAAGAAUAUGGAAAAAACGAGGAGAAUGAGAGCAGUAGUGGAGAAGAAAAAAUCUCGCCAGCAAGAAAGAACAAACCAAGAAGACCAGCCAAGUCUCAGAGUUUGAAUAGUGCUUUUAAUGCUUCUGAUGAAAGUGAAACAGCCUUAAAUCAGAGACGUAAGAAAAAAGAUGAUGAUUCCUUUGAAGUAUGGCACCAAAUUGAUAAAUCAGAGAAGGAUAAGAAAACGAUUUUCAGAACACCUAGUCUAAGAGCCCUCCCCAAGAAGAAAUACAUCACGGAUUCGGAGGAAGACCUCGAUUCUGAGGAAGAGAAGCAGUCAUGGAACGGAAAGAGAUGUUCUGUUUCAGUGCAAGACUGCACCAAACGUUGCCCGCAGCCAUCAGGAGAAUCAAAAAGGAAACAUAUCAGCACUUCAGAGUCUGAAGACAGAGAAGAUAACUGUAAGCCCAGUGAUAAAAGAGGGCAUGGCAAACAUUCAAGGAGGAAGGAGAAGUUAUUCAAGAGCCAGGAGGAGUCCAGCAAUGAGUUCAGCUUAGUUUCCCAAAGCAGUCAAAGAGAAUGUACCAAGAGAAGACUGAGGGCUCGAAAACAAGGAGCUGCACAUCACAAACCAUCUACUUCAGAGUCGGAAAAUGAUAAUUCAUGUGGGAAACCAUGGCGAGCAACGCGCAUUCUGACCCGUAAUCUUGGCAAACACACUGUAAACUACAGAGACAAAUAUGAAAAUGACAGUGAUGUCUCAUCGAGUGAAUUGGAGGAAGAGGAAUCCCCUUCGUCUUCUCAGCCGUACAGACAUGGAACAAGAGUGGCAUGGAGAGCCAUGCAGAACAGAAAGGAGAGGAAAAAGAAUGAUGAUUCUCCACAUGUCACCGGGCACAGAAAGCACAGCCAUGAAGAGGGUGAGGACAACAGCAAAGAGGGAGAAACUAAGAAUGAAAAUUGCAAUAAGGAGGAGGAGUCCAACAGCAGGAGAAAGCUCAUUGUGGUGUGUGAGAUGAAACAAAUUAACGAUGUAAGCGAGGAGGAGGAAGAGAAUAACUGCAGAAGCAGACGACGCAGAAAUCAUCCAAGCAAUGCAAAUAUUUCAAAAAUGUCAGAUGAGGAAACUGAGACUCCAAAGGCUGAGAAACCGUCUGACCAUCCGUCUGACAGAAAAAACGAGGAGAAUGAGAGCAGUAGUGAAGAAGAAGCAAUCUCAAACAAAAAAAGCUCACCAGCAAGAAAGCUCAAACCAAGAAGACCAGCCAGGUCUCAUAGUUUGGAUAGUGCCUCUAACGCCUCUGAGUCUUCUGACGAGAGGGAAACAGCCUUAAACCAGAGACCUAAGAAAAAAGAGGAUGAUUUCUCUGAAGAGUGGCGACAAAGCGAUGAAUUGAAGAAGAAGAAGAAAACAUUUUCCAAAGGACCUAGUCUAAGAGCCCUUCCCAAAAAGAAAUACAUCACAGACCUCAAUUCUGAGGAAGAGAAGCAGUCAUGGAAUGGAAAGAGAUGUUUUGUUCUAGUGCAAGACUGCACCAAACGCUGCCCUCAGCCAUCAGGAGAAUCAAAAAGAAAACAUAUCAGCACAUCAGAGUCUGAAGAGAGAAAAGGAAACUGUGAUAAAAGUGGGCAUGGCAAACAUUCAGGGAGGAAUGAGAAGUUAUUUAAGAGCCAGCAGGAGUCCAGCAAUGAGUCCAGCUCAGGUUCCCAAAUCAGUCCAAAAGGAUGUACCAAGAGAAGAAUCUGGGCUCGAAAACAAGGAGCUGCGCAUCACAAAUCAUCUACUUCAGAGCCAGAAAGUGACAAUUCAUAUGGUAAACUUUCGCGAGCAACGCGCAUUCGGACCCGGAAUGGCGGCAAACAGACUGUAAACUACAGAGACAUCACUGAAAGUGAAAGUGAGGUUGACCAUUCGACUGGGAAUGAUGAUGACGAUGAAAAUGACGAUGAAUAUUCUGAAAUGUCCAACUCUUUAAAACGAAUGCAGUCGAAAGCCAAAAGCAGAAACACCAGAGUCACUCGGAGCGCUGAGAAAAGAAAGCCAGAUGGUUCUCCACAUGUCACAGGGCACAAAAAGCACAGCCAUGAAGAGAGUGAGGACAACAGCAAUGAGGGAGAAAAUGAGAAUGAAAGUUGCAAUGAGGAGGAGGAGUCCAACAGCAGAAGAAAGCUCAUCAGGAAAACCACAAGAGCUGCGAUGUCUGAGAUGAAACAAAUCAACAAUGUGAGCGACGAGGAGGAAGAGAAUAACUGCAGAAGUAGACGACGCAGAAAUCAUCCAUGCAAUGCAAAUACUUUAAAAAUGUCAGAUGAGGAAACUGAGACUCCAAAGGCUGAGAAACACCCUCAUCAAAAUGGAAGAAAAGUGGACACACAGGACCUUAAUAACUCUGAGAAAAUUGAUUAUAUGACGUCAAAAAGCCAAGAACUAGAAUCUGCCUCAAAAGCUCGUAUAGUUCCUAGAGCCUUAGUAUUGAAGUCAGGUGUCAAGGAAUCCAAUGCUUCAAGGAGAAAAAUCACGUCUGAAGAUGAAGAAGACGGAAAGAACGAGGAGAAUGAGAGCAGUAGUGAUAUGAACAAACCAAGAAGACCAGCCAAGCCUCAGAGUUUGGAUAGUGCCUCUAACGCUUCUGACUCUUCUGACGAGAGUGAAACAGCCUUAAACCAGAGACGUAAGAAAAAAGAGGAUGAUUCCUCUGAAGAGUGGCGACAAAGCGAUGAAUCGGAGAAGGAUAAGAAAACGUUUUCCAGAAGACCUAGUCUAAGAGCCCUCCCCAAGAAGAAAUACAUCACGGAAAAUUUAGAUUCUGAGGAAGAAAAGCAGUCAUGGAACGUAAAAAGAUGUUCUGUUUCAGUGCAAGACUGCACCAAAUGGAAACAUAUCAGCACUUCAAAAUCUGAAGACAGAAAAGUAAACGCCGGAGCCCAGAGAUGAAAGCGGGAGAGGCAAACCUUCAGGUAGGAAAGGGAUGUGGUUCAAGAAACUUUCAGAAUCUGAGAGUGAUUCUGGAAGUAGGGAGAAGGCAUGGUUAUUUAAAAAAGAAUCAAUCUGAGGACUAGUUCUCUGGCGGCGCUGGGCAGCGAGGAAAACUGCAAUCUGGGAAAAGGAAGCACAGCAAGAGCUACAGCAGUGAUGUUAGCGCAGACUCGGAGAGCCAGGAGAAGUCCAGUAAUCACAAACCAUCUUCUUCAGAGCCGGAAAGUGACGAUUCACGUGGUAAACCGUGGCGAGACAGAGACAGUGAGUGAAAGAGUUGGCUGGAAAGUUAAAGACAUUUGAUUGUCCCAAACAACUUUAGGGAGAUAUAGUUUUUUUGGGGGGAAGGAGGGAAGCUAUGUAUAGAUAUACAAUAGGAGCUACUGGUUUGGCUGCCACUUUCUGCUUCUGAUUUAGCCACCAAGAAAGAUUAGAGGUACAUUGUCUGUCCGGGUGCUAUCUUAAUAUACCUUCUGCUUAAUUGAGCAUAUAUUUUUUUAAAUUCACAUUUUUCCAGAGUUGUCUAAGAAUGAAUUUGUAGCAAAGUUUGGCUUUAAAAUGGUCAAGCAUUAUUUUGUAUGGAAGUCAAAUGCAUUUUUUUGCAAAAUACAGUGAUUUCUUAUAUUGGGAAGCUGUUUCAGACACCUGAUAUGUACUUUUCAUAUUAUAUAUUUUUUUACAUUAUGAACAGGAAAUAACUUUUGUACCCACUGCAUUUGAAUGUAUAUUUGUUGUAAAUAAUGUUCACCCACCCUGACAUUAUUUCUAAAUGUCUUUUGCAAAAAGCCAAAUUUUUAAAUUGCAGAUAUUGAGUCUAAUGUAACAUGGAUGGAGCAAGAGAUAAAAGCAUUUGAUGAAUAAAAGAGCCUACUGCUUA